AUGUCCAAAAAAGUUAUCGCCGCUUCAAUUAUCAGGGGUGCACAAACAAUUUUUGCUCUUAUUGUUCUUGGUCUUUCUAUUCAAGAAUUGGUUACACUUGAAUUUUACUAUGACAAAUCAGUUUAUAUUAUAGUUGUUGCUGCAAUCAAUAUCAUCUAUUUCUUCUGCACUCUAUUAUUGAUACCAUUUAUAUUUAAAAACUGGUCUCCUUCCAUAAUUCCUGUUGCAGGUGAGUUUAUUCUAUGCAUCUUUUAUCUUGCUGCUAUGGCUAUUCUGGCUACAGAUGCUCCAACAGUAUCUUGUGAUUAUUUGUAUUACUCAGAAUAUGUUUCCUUUUGCCACAUUCUCAAGGCUUUGAUACCAUUCACUUUAUUCAACUGGUUACUAUUCGCUGCUAGUUUUGUGUUGGUUUUGUGUUUUACUUUUAUCCCGGAAAUUAAAAGACACGGAUUCAAACAUACAUUAUUUCCUUCACAAUUUGAUUUUGGCCUUAUAUUUGGUAAUGAUACUCCAGCAUCUAAAGAAAUAGUUGCAAGCUAUGAUUAUAGAGACGCUAACGCCUACAACGAAUCUGAAGUUGGUAUAGCUCCAACAGUACAUGGUACAAAUAAUAAUGGUGGUUCGGAUAAUCAUCAAACAAGUGUUGGUGUUAAUCUAGGAGAGUCUUCUGAAGAAGAAAAGUCUAUUCAAGCAACGCCAAGUAAUUUUCAAAAUGAAAAUAUAAAUCAUAGCAAGCCAUACGCUUAA